AAUUAUCAAUAUCAUAAUAACAAAGUGUAUAUUAUAAGAGAAAUAUGGUGGUGAAGGUCUAUGGUGCACCAAGGGCAGCAUGCCCCCAAAGGGUGUUGGCUUGCCUCCUGGAGAAAGGAAUAGAGUUUGAACUUGUGCAUGUUGAUCUUGAUCGAGGAGACCAAAAGAAACCUGAAUUUCUUCUCAAACAGCCCUUUGGUCAAGUUCCGGUUGUGGAGGAUGGUGACUUCAGGCUCUUUGAAUCCAGGGCUAUAAUAAGGUACUAUGCAACAAAAUAUGCAGACCGUGGCCCAGACCUAUUGGGUAAGACCCUAGAGGAGAGGGCUCUUGUGGAGCAAUGGCUGGAAGUUGAAGCACACAACUUCAAUGAUUUGUGCUUCACUAUGAUGCUUCAGCUUGUGAUCUUGCCAAGGAUGGGUAAGCCUGGGAACUUGGCAUUGGCUCAUAGCUGUGAGAAGGAUCUAGAGAAAGUGCUUGAUGUGUAUGAAAAUAGGCUCUCUGAGAGCACAUACCUUGCUGGAGAAACCUUCACUCUGGCUGAUCUGAGUCACCUUCCAGGGCUAGGGCAUCUCAUUGAGGAUGCCAAUAUGGGGCACUUGGUCACUGACAGGAAGAAUGUGAGUGCUUGGUGGGACAAAAUUUCAUCUAGGCCAGCUUGGAAGAAGUUAAAUGAUUUGGUUCACUAAUCAACAGAUAUGGAUCCACCCCAGUUUCUUCACUAAAAUUAUUAGAUAAUUCAGAGUACCUUUCAUUUUCAUCAUAUUUCUCUUUUCGUUGGUGGGGAUUUAAGACUUGAUGUGAGUGCUGAGUGAAAAUGCUCGUUAUUUUUAUAUAUUUCGAUGCUGAUAUGCUUUCUGUACGAAAUUAUGAAUAAGGGUCUGUAGCAAACAAUGAUUAAAGAAGGGUGUUGCAUUAA